GCUGUGCGGGCGGGGCCGCUCCGCUCCCUCAGAGCCCGGCCAUGGCGUACCCCGGCCUCGCCGUGCCCAUCAUCGUCAUGAGCGUGUUCUGGGGGGUGGUCGGCGGCGUCCUGCCCUGGCUCGUCCCCAAGGGCCCGAACCGCGGUGUUAUCAACACAAUGCUGGUGACAUGUGCUGUUUGCUGCUACCUGUUUUGGCUGAUUGCAAUUCUGGCUCAACUCAACCCUCUCUUUGGGCCGCAGUUAAGCAAUGAAACAAUCUGGUAUCUUAAAUAUCACUGGCCUUAAGGAUGUCUGUCCUCCUCUGCAAUUAACUGAGUAGGUAAAGAAGAGAUUUCCUCCAGAUGAAAAACUCCACUGACCCAAAGAUGCCCUUUACAUAGCUGGUUGGAUACCAAGCCUGCAGUAAUGCCUUAACCUUUCUAUUGUGCUUCAAGGGGCUUGUUCAAAGCCCUGUACUUUUCCUACCUUACCAUUUAACAGUGUGCCUAAUGCAAUUUAUACUCCUCUUUGGUACUGUCGAUUUUUGACUCUUAACUCCAGAAGUGGUGAAAAUUUCUAAAGUUUUUACGGGUCAUUGAGUGAUUUCCUGUUCAUUUCCCUCACUCUUUAGGAACACUUUAUAUUUCUUGCAGGUCUUAGCUUGUCUGUCAUUGUGCUGUUCACCCCUGUUCUGUUUGCACUUGACGAAAAUGUGUGCAAUAAACUGUAUGAGGAGAGGAGAAACAGAGGUGCCACAAGCUGAUGGCAUUUUCGUUUUUUCAAAUGAGUUGUAUUGCUGAGAAAUUUGGUCUUAAAUUUCUCACACCUGGAAAUAAAACUAAUCCUCUGCUUUAUACAAAAUGUUCUUGUGCCAUGUUUAACUGUUACAAUGUGCCUUUCUGUGGGUUUAAUAAGUAGUUGGGGUUGAGCUGAGGAAACUUAGGUGAUAGGGUGGGAAUGGAUCGAGUGCUUCCUUACCUGCUUCUAUCAUGUCCAGAUAAAUUGCAAUUAUUCCCUGCUGUGUUUCAUUGUUAUACUCAAGGACAUAAUGGAGUGGUCCUUUUUCUUUUCCUUUUUUCCUCUUGGAUAGCCCCAUUAACUUGUUCCGUGGGAUAGAGCUCAUUACUCUGCAAGAAAUUCCAAGAUCCUGACAUGUAACUUACAGUGAUCAAAAAAUGAACAGUGUGAAUGUCAAAAGAAGGAAGAAUGUGCCCUUUAUUACCAAUAAACAUAGCAACUGUUGGGA